UGACUAGAUCACGUCAAAGAUAGACAAAAUAUAAAAUCGAGACAUAAUUUGGGGGAGCUGAAAAACAAAACUUGGGUACUCAACCUGCGUCAAGUUGCAAUAUUUGACGACUUUAGUUCCCAGCGACUCUCUUCAGUUGCGAUCCUUGAGUAGGUGACGAGACCAGGAGGCCUCCUACAUCAAGGUGAACUGCGACUAUAAAGAAGAAUUAGAACAACAAUGAAUAACGUCACGUUCAAACACAAGUCAUUGGGUGAUCCUGCUGAGAACAUUCGACUGGUACAAGUCAAAGCCCCGCAGACUGCUUUACCUCUGCAGUUAUGUCUCAGCACCCAUUCAGUCGCUAACAAUUUGCGCUAUUUUGCUGUCUCAUACACAUGGGGAGACAGCUGCUUGACUGAAGAACUCCUUAUCAACGGUCGUCCGAUGAUGGUGACAAAAAACUGUUAUUUUGCUCUGACCCAGAUCUACAGUCGAUAUCCAUCUGAUCAAAACCUUCAAGAACCUGUCUACCUAUGGAUUGAUUCCAUAUGUAUAAAUCAGGAUGACAAUGACGAAAAAGGCCAUCAAGUUGCAAUGAUGGGCGAUAUCUAUACCAAGGCAACCAAGGUCCUGGCGUGUAUAGGCUCACAUGCCGAUAACAGCCAGAUGCUCCGCACCGUUUUGGAUGAGAUCAAAGUCCUUAACCCACGGGUUUAUGCAGACCGGGAGGUCCUUCGACCUGGAAUGUGGAGUGACCACACUGAAGGGCGGAGCAAGGUACGGAGAAUUCAAAAGUUCUUGCGCUCCUAUCCACCGGGCUCGCCGAUGUUUCAACACAAAUUCGGUGUUCAAUUUCGUAAGGCAUGUCUGGAGUUUGCGAAUCGGAGCUACUGGAGCAGGGUCUGGGUUAUCCAAGAGUUUACUGCACCAAGCCGAAGUGGCAACGAUCUCGAGAUCCUUUGUGGCUGCGACACCUUCUCAAAGCCUGAACUCAACCUGUGCUACUACAUUGCUUUAUGUAUCAGCUUGGGGGGGAGCAAGCACGAUGUCGAAGAUGUAAGCUUGUUACGCAGUAGCCUUUCAACUCCAACACACUGCUUUCAAACGCUGAUGCGAUUCAAUGCGUUGAAUCCCGUGCCGCUUGGAAGCAUCCUACUCUAUAUCAGAGACUUGUUCCACUGUACGAAGCCGGAGGACAAGGUAUAUGGAUUGCUUUCCCUGGUCAAAUGGCCUGUUGGUAUGGCACCUAUUCAGCCAGUCUACAAGCCUUCCACUGUGAUGGAUCUGGCGGAGCUGUUGAUCAGUGUUACGGACGACUUGCCCAACAGUAUCCAGGACAUUCUACGGGCACUUAAUAUUCACCAUGACCACUAUCUUCUAAGGUCUUUGGUUGAGACAAGGACUCGACAUCCGUCUGAACUAAGUAGCCGUCACGGGAAAUACCCUCCGCGGGCUUCACAAACGAGGCCUUGUGUUUUACCAAUUUCUCUGAACGAUGAAGGCCAAUUAUCAGCGUCUCUUUGUCUUAUACCUCAGAAUCGGCUAGGAUUCGACGGGGCGACCGCAGACCAUAUCCAGAGAGCCAACCGGAGUUUUGACACAGCGCAGCCGUUAUUCGCCGGCUCUGAUGUUGCAGCUUUACUUUGUGGCGCAGCUCAGCAAGGAGGUGCAAUUAUCCAAAUCCAACCUCUAACAAGAUCAUUCCUCGUGCUUAGGCCGAAUGAGCACGUUGGCCAGUACGAUGUAGUUGGUCAGGGUCUGUUAGUCACCAGGUAUGGGUUUCCUCAAGACUUACCUCUAAGCGUGUGCUUUGGAAGAUAUGUUUGA